AUGCGAACCAUUGCAAUGAUGCGCGAACGUGCGACGGACCAGCAGCCCGGAUCACCGGCUCCAAAUGGCAAACCGCAGGAUUGGCUUUAUCCUGAGCGUUAAAAAAAGGAAGAAGAUUAACCUCGAAGCUUUCGCGGACCUCUGUAGGCACCGGCGUAUUGAAGUAAUCGAGAUUGAUCUGAACCAGCCAAUGGCUUCCCAGGGACCAUUUGAUGUCAUCGUACACAAGCUGUCAGACGUCAUAGUCGAAGCAGAACAUGACAGCCAAUCACAGAGCCUCCUUGCCAACUUUCAGGCGUAUCUGAUGCUGAACCCACAAACAAUUAUUCUGGACCCAUUACCAGCCAUGACAAAAUUACUAGAUCGCUUUGCCUCCUACUGCAUCAUGAACACGCUACAGAACUCAAUGGCAGAAAUAUGCAUCUGCACCCCACCUUACCUUGAGAUCAGCACCUGUGACCAGUCAGCGAUCCGAGAGACAGUGGAUAGGAAGCAGCUCACCUACCCUUUAAUCUGCAAAACCAGAGUGGCUCACGGCUCCCGCUCCCAUGAAAUGUCUCUGAUAUUCAGCGCUGACGGGCUGAAGGAUGCUCGUCCCCCUUGUGUGCUGCAGAGCUUCGUUAAUCACGGUGCUGUGCUCCACAAGGUCUUUGUCGUGGGAGAGGAGCACUUCAUCGUCGAGAGGCCCUCGCUCAAGGAUUUUCCCCCUGGGCCUUGCGAUAGGAAGACAAUCUUCUUCAACAGUCACGAGGUGUCCAAGCCUGAGUCAUGCUCCCAUCUCACCGCACUAGACGAGAACACCCCUCGAAUGCCGCCCCCAAGCCGUGGCAUCAUGGCGGCCUUAGUCUGCCGGCUCCGAGCCGAGUUGGGCAUGGCGCUGUUCGGCGUGGAUGUCAUCGUCGACAGUCAAACGCGCACCCUCACCGUCAUCGACAUCAACAUCUUCCCAGGCUAUGAAGGAGCCCCCCAGUUCUUCUCAUCUCUACUCCGUCAUAUUGAGUCAGUGCUGGAGAAACGAUGGAGCCCAAAGUGAGGGGGCUGCUCCCUGUCCCCGAUCUCAUACUCAGCAUUUUGACGCCUGGAGUGUUUUCUGCAGCGCCACUAGCAACCUGAUCACCUACCACUUGGGCCCCAGAUGUUGGCAUUGUGAUGCAGCCUGCAUUGCUGUCAGGAGCUGGAUGACAAUGGCUACUUCUUUCAAAUCUCAGAUCUGACUUAGGUUCUCUAUGUCUUGAUCCAAGUGCUUCAAUGGGAAUUCCGACUAAGAGGUGGCUUGCUGUCUAUGAAUGGAUCUCAUCAAACCAUAAUCAAAUCAGUCUUAUGACUUUUGCCAGGGAUGCUUUCUUAUAUAUAUAUAUAU